CUGAGAGCUCAUCACAGGGAAAUGGGACACAAAUGACAAGGCUUAGCGCACUGAUAGCAUUUCAUUGUUAUUUCUCUCUACUUUAGACACCACUCAGGAUAUAUCGCUCACUGGGUAUAGGUUGUUUUUCUCCCCGUAAAUUCGCACACUUCGGAUCAUCUUGAUGGGCCCGCGAUGUUCUCCAGUCUAUAAUUUUGUUUCUGAAAUGCUGUUUUUUCUACCUUUAACCUGUCGUUUGGAACCGCUCGCCACAUGUGGAUUGUUGGAACAGAAGAGCUGCAUUUAUUCUCACGGAUGGUGAUGUAAUAAUUCCGAUUAAUUUGGAUACAUUGGAUUUCUGGGAUCAUCAAACCUAAGCAAGUCGGGUGACGUUGGAGAAACAAACAAGUAUACAUCUCACACACUGAGCUGGAAUAACUCCGGACAAUGGUUCAGUGUUCCAGCUGUGAAAAGCCUAUUCUUGAUAGGUUCUUGCUCAAAGUUUUGGACAGACCGUGGCACAUCAAAUGUGUCCAGUGCUGCGAAUGCAAAUGCACUUUGACAGAGAAGUGUUUUUCACGAGAAGGGAAACUGUAUUGUAAGAACGACUUCUUUAGGACAUUUGGGACCAAGUGUGACGGAUGCGCCCAGGGGAUUUUACCCAGUGAUCUAGUCCGCAGGGCCAAGAGCAAAGUGUUUCACCUGAACUGUUUCACCUGUGUGAUGUGCCACAAACAGCUGUCCACCGGGGAGGAGCUGUACAUCCUCGACGAAUUCAAGUUUGUUUGUAAGGAGGACUAUCAGAACAACAAUGGAAAAGACACCAUCCUCCUUUCAGUCACCACGUGCAGCGACCCGAGUCUGUCUCCGGACUCCCAGGACCCGCAGGAGGAUGGCAAGGACUCAGAGACGGGACAUUUGUCCGAUAAAGACAACAACGACAAUGACGAGCAGAGCGCCGUCGGGAAACGGCGCGGGCCUCGGACCACCAUUAAAGCCAAGCAGCUGGAGACACUGAAAGCAGCUUUCACCGCCACGCCGAAACCCACCAGACACAUCCGGGAACAGCUGUCCCGGGAGACCGGCCUUACCAUGAGAGUCAUCCAGGUUUGGUUUCAAAACCGGAGGUCCAAAGAGAGGCGGAUGAAGCAGCUGAGCUCCCUGGGCGGCCGGAGGCACGUGUUCUUCCGCGGCCAGAGGAGGAUGAGGGCGAUGGGAGAGAGGCUGGAGGCAGAGGAGCUUGGACACUUCUCUUAUUAUGGAGAUUAUCCCGGGGAAUACUACGGCCCAGGAGGGAAUUACGAGUACUACCAGGGCCCCCCGCCGUCCCAUGCUCAGACUCCAGCAGACUUGGGCUUCGUGCCCUCCUCCAUCCCCUCCGGCACCCCAUUAGGAGCGAUGGACCACCAUCACCCAGGGCACCACUGUCCUGGAGAGUUGCACUGUUACUCUGACACAGUAUCCCAUCAUCCCGCGGACUCACCCAGCCCAGAGCCCAACAUGCCGGGCUCCAUGCACAGCAUCUCCAGUGAGAUGUGUGGCCCCAGCACGCCCUACACCUCUGUGUCCCUCAGUGACAACGGAUACACCAACCAGCUGUCACAACCCUCCUCGGAAAUGAGCGAAGGCACUGUCUGGUAAACGAAACUCAGAUUUUUGGAAGGCAAAUCGACACUUUUUUUCGUUUAAAUGUUAUUUAUUUAUUUGUGUAUUUAUUUAUUUACUUGCUUGCAAGCUCUAUUUAACUAUUUAUAAAUCUCUAUAUUUGUAUGUCAGUAUUGUUUAGCCAAUCGAUAGAUUGUUUUAAUGUGAAUUUGACUCAUUGGUUCAUUCACAGUGCUGGGCCUCAUUGAUCAAGCAAUAAACAAACAGAUUUAUAUGCUGCAAAAAGUGUUUUUUCUUAUGUUUACAAAACCUUUUCUGCCACAUAUUUGACACAGUUGUCCUUAAAAUGUUAAUGUGAAGGUGUAUUGCAGCAUUUCUUAUAAAUACUGACAAACCGUUUAAUCCGUGAGUUCAUGUGUAUUUCAAGAUUUUAUCUUUUAAUAACAGAAUGUGAUUGUGAUGUUCAAUACAUUUGACCAAAUACCUCUCUCAGGAUCAUGACGACAUUGUUUUUAUCAUGUUUAUUUAUCAUGCAUUACCUUUUUGUUGUAUUAAGUUAUUUCAUCGCCAGCACAUUUUGCCUUCAAAAGGAUAUCUUUAUAAAUCUGAACAUUUUAUAUGUAACAGAAAAUGAUUUGACUUUACCAUAUGUCCAGCGUUAUGGAAUAAUUCUACUUCUGUAACAGUCAACUGUUUACUUAAAGCUCCAGUAUUCAGGACUUUGAAUAUCAGUAAUGUAUAAAACCAAUGGACACACAGUUCAAUGCAAACAAACCAAACUUUUGUAGUCGUUCUAUUUAUGUGGUCGCUCACUGUGCUAGUUUGUACUAUGUCCUCAUUGAGAAAAAAAGAGAAAAUGUUAAUAAAUUAAUGCACAGCAACAUCAUGCACCUUUAGUUGUGAGACGCAGCGUCCUCUUUUAAUUAUCUGAGCGUGUUUGCAGUAAAAACAGUCAUUUGCAGCUCAGUUAGCCCAACAGCCACGACUCACACAGAUUUUAAUGGAUCAAAAUGUCAAAUUAUUCACAUUGAUGGUCUCAUACACUGCCAGCAGCAGCAAUGUUUAUUUUAUGAGACAUACUUGAUUGUUCCAAUUAAGUUUAUGAGACCGAUGUUUACGACCAUUCACUGUAUAAUAAAACACAUAUUGAUCGUU